CUCUUUUCUUUCUUGCUCCCUUGCUUUCUCCCCCUCUCCCUUCCUCCUUUCUUUCUUUCUCUCCUCUGUCCACCUCUCUCCCCUCCCCAAACAGCUGUGCGGUGGCGUGUUGCAGAGGAGGAAGGAGUGUCACUGGUUAUCCAAAAGCUGGCGGGCGCUGGGCGCCUGGAAGGGUGGCAGCCCUGCGGACAAUGCCCGGCAGGAGCUCCGAGAAACCUCCACGCUCCUUCUUUUCCUCCUCCUCCUCUCCUCCAACGGGGCGGCACAUGCGGCAGCCGCAAUGACAGCAGCAGCAGCCAGGCCAGUGGAAUGAGCAAGGGGCCUGCUGCAAGAUGAAUGCCUCCCUGGAUGGCAGCAGCGGUGAUGGGGGCAACCACAGCAAUGGCGGGGGCAAGCCUUUUUGCCUCUUGGCGGCUGGCUACCCAGAGGCCCUGGACAUCUGCCUGCUGGAGGCGGUCAUCAUCGUCUUCCUCACCGUCCUGAUCAUCUCGGGCAACGUGGUGGUCAUCUUUGUCUUCCACUGCGCCCCGCUGCUCAACCACCACACCACCAGCUACUUCAUCCAGACCAUGGCCUAUGCUGAUCUGCUGGUGGGCGUCAGCUGCCUGGUGCCUUCCCUCUCACUGCUGCGCUACCGCCUGGCCUUCCUACCUGAGUCCUUGGUCUGCCAGGCCUUUGGCUACGCCGUCUCAGUGCUCAAGAGUGUCUCCAUGGCCUCCCUGGCCUGCAUCAGUGUGGACCGGUACCUGGCCAUCACCCAGCCCCUCACCUACAACACCCUGGUUACCCCCUGCCGCCUCCGCCUCUGCAUCCUCCUCAUCUGGCUCUACUCGGGUGCCGUAUUCCUGCCAGCUUUUUUUGGCUGGGGCAAGCCCGGCUACCAUGGGGAUGUCUUCCGCUGGUGUGCUGAUGCCUGGGAGACCCGGGCUGCCUUCACCCUCUUCAUCGUGGUCACCCUCUACGCCCCGGCCGCCUUCGUGGUCUGCUUCACCUAUGUCAGCAUCUUCCGCAUCUGCCAGCAGCACACUAAGGAGAUCAACGAGCGGCGGGUGCGCUUCAGCUCCCAGGAGGGUGGUGAAGCAACUGAGGCCCAGCCCUGUCCAGACAAGCGCUAUGCCAUGGUCCUCCUGCGCAUCACCAGCGUCUUCUACGUCCUCUGGCUCCCCUACAUCAUCUACUUCCUCCUAGAGAGCUCUGCUGUCUACCGCAGUCGCGUGGCCUCCUUCCUGACCACCUGGCUGGCCAUCAGCAAUAGCUUUUGCAACUGUGUCAUCUACAGCCUCUCCAACAGCGUCUUUCAGAAGGGCUUGAAGCGCCUCUCGGGUGCCGUCUGCGCCUCCUGUGCCCGGCACCGGGCUGCCAGGGACUCCUCAGCCUCCAGAAGCAAAAGGCCGUCCAACGGGUGCCAGGCCUGAAGGGCCAAUAAAAAACAAAACAAAGCGGAUUUUGCUCGGACUGCAAAACGAGUUUUUAAAAAACAUGUCCAGGUUUGCAAAAAAAAUAUGGGGGGGGGGGGGUUUGAGAAAAAAUAAAUGUGUAAUGUGUGUGUGUCCAUGUGUGUUCCCACACACAAAACCUUCUGUGAGGAAUGCUGCUGAUGGAGAAGAAUCGAGGAUUUCCACAAGCAUGUGCCGUCUCAGAGUUUCACUUUAAAGGUGUCCUGGGGAUGGAGUUGGGGUUGUGCCCCACUGCCUGUGUUUUGAAGCAUCAUGGGGCUGUCUUCUCCCUCCCCACCUGGAGCAACUGGUAGCCAGUGGGCUUGGGAAGAGUGAUGCUGGUGAGAAAGAAAGAGAGAGAGAAAGAGACCCUCAUAUUCUUCCUUACUGCUUCACUUCCAGGUGUUUGGAGACCUCUUCUGCUCCCUGCGUCAGUGUGGGAAUGUGUCAGUGAUCUGUAACGAUGUUUUCCCCUGGUUUGUUUGUUUGUUUGUCUGUGCAUAUGCCAAAGUAUAUUCCAAGUCUCAAGGGGCCAAAUUAUAUUGUAUUUCCCACCCCUCCCCUGCACCUACCCACCCCACUCUCUCUAUUUCACCUUUUCUUCCAUCCCCCAUUUUUAACCCCUUUGUAGUCAUAUAGCAAAAAAUGUAAAAACUUGAACAUUUGAUUCCCAUGUGCAAUGAGGCAGUAGUGCGGCCACAGGAUCUGUUCCACUCCCUCUCACCCUCUUUGUGCUUUUUUAAAUUGAAAGAAAGGUAAUUUAUUCUUGUCCUAGGUGCCCUGUUUUACCACCUCGACACCCGCCCACCCACCAUCAAAAUUAGGAUGUUUGUUUGUGCUUUAGAGCCCAGUGUUUGCAUUUGAAAACAAAAAAAAAUUAUGUAGUGAAUGAGAUGACUUUUGGAGCAGACCAAAUUUAGCAGCUGAAUAAAGUGUUUUUCUUUCCCUUUUCUAAAAAAGAAAAAAAAUGAGCGGAGAAAAUGAUUUUGUCCUUGCCUUUGGUUUGGAUUUGCGGGCGACGGAACAAAACUGAACAGGGUUAUUUUGGAAACAAGCAGAGGGUGUGCAGUUUUUGUUUGGAGGGCACUUCUCACAGCAAACUUUCCUUUUGUAACAGUAACCCAAAUGCUGUUUAAAAUCAGGGUGCCUCUCACACAUGGCACGCUAACAAAUUUUGCCAGGGUGAAAAGAGAGAGAUCCUAUAUGCCUGUGGAAAUUGAGACUGCAGUUUUAAAGAUACAGCAUACAAGGAUUCCAAUGGUGAAAUUGCAAAGUUGGAAAAUGCUCACCGACGUUUCCAGCUUAGAGUUGGUGGGCUUGUUCAAAAACAGCAAAUACUGAUUCCUUUUGGGAAACCAGAAAUGCAAAGUGCAAAGAAGAAGAUGAAUCUUACCAGUGGCAAUAUUUGAUGGAUGUGUAUUGGGAGGAUGGGAUAGCUCUUUGUACCCAGCAGGUGGGACCAAAAUGAGGGACCAGACAGGCCUUGGUUUUGAUGUGACAACCACUCUCCUGCUCUUCUUAGGAGUGCUUUUGGUGAGAUUUGGAGGUGGGUUGUGCCCACGCUUCAAGAAAACAGCGUGGUCCCAAAGCUGACUCAUGUUCUGGGGGUGGUGGGGAAGAGAAAACUCCCUGCUGCCUCUGUUAGACUGUGAAAGCCUUUGUGAGAGAUGCAUUAUGUGUAAAAUGGGAUCAUGGUUUGUAUGAUGCACUGGAGGGGAAGUAUUCUAGUGGGUGGCCACAGUGUAUUUGCAUACAGUAUUGCCCAGGGGAAGAAAUGGCCAUGCAAAGGGCUUGGGGAUUUCUGGAAGCUGAUACCCCAAAAAAAGAGGAGUAACCUUUCCCAAACCCAUCUUCACAAAAAUCCCAAACCAUGGAAGGCCCUGAUUUUGCAGCUGACAGAAUCGUGGAGGUUAAUGCACUUGUGCUGCAAGGAGUGUGUCUGCACAAGCAUAGUUAGAACGGUUUGAUACCUCUUUCAUAACUAUCAUGACACUGUUCUCCACAAUCUAAGAAUCUUAGGAUCCUGUUUGACAGGUAGUUUAAAAUGAUCUGGUGAGGAACUCCAGUACACUGCCCUGAACUACAACUUCUCUAGCAG